AGCACGUGUGCUUCUUCGUCCUCCUCUAUAUGAAGUUAUAUUUUCUUUCUUUCUCUAUAAAAAUAAUUUGCUGAGGAAUGAAAAGAAAAAAGUGUGUCUGCGUUUGAGAAAAACAGCUGAAUUGCUAUCUUAAGAAAGAAAACCCGGAUUGGAAACUAUCUCCACCCGCGAUUAAUUUAAGCCAAACGAUCCCCACUUUCGCCUUUCGUGCUCAACUGAAAAGCAGCUCAGGUCAGCUUGCACAAGUAGCAAUUCCAAAAUCGCAGCAAGCAGAGCCAGAGUGAGAGAAAAAUGGCGGACGCAAUUCGGUUUUUCGAGCUGAACACCGGAGCCAAGAUGCCUUCCGUUGGGUUAGGCACAUAUCGCGCCGAUACUCAUCUCAUCGGAGACGUCCUCUCCGCUGCCAUUAAGGUUGGAUAUCGCCAAAUCGAUUGUGCUCAAAUGUAUGGCAAUGAGAAGGAGAUUGGUUUUGCUAUGAAGAAGCUGUUUAGCGAUGGGGCUGUGAAGCGUGAGGACUUAUGGAUCACCUCCAAACUCUGGUGUACUGAUCAUGAACCAGAUGAUGUGCCAAAGGCAUUUGAUAAAACUUUGGAAGACUUGCAGCUCGACUAUCUGGAUCUCUAUCUUAUCCACUGGCCAGUGAGCAUGAAAAAGGGGUCAGUUGGCUCUGAUCCUCAAAACCUUACCGAACCUAAUAUACCCAGUACAUGGAAAGCAAUGGAGGCACUCUUUGACUCUGGCAAGGCCAGGGCUAUUGGAGUCA